CUGUAAAUUCAGCAGCAGCGCGUGCUUCCGCUAGGGAUCAGCUGACUGGUGAGUGCGGAAGCGAAACACAUUAAGUGGUAGCAUGAAAAAACAUAAGACCGCUUCAUUUAAAAAUAAAUAGAGGAAGCCUGGUUUUGUCUCAUACUUUUAAAAUAGAGCAGUUCGCCUGUAACUCUCCUAAAUUUUUCUCAGCUAUUCGGAAUUGUCCUCACACAACGAUGGCAGGCAGCGAGUCAAGGGUCGUGAUGAAUGGGACUCAAGUUUCUUACAUUGGCCAAGAUUGUGAAGAAAUUCCAGCAUUUAUAGGAGAGCAGUAUGGGGGAUUUGCCAAGAGACUGGAUCUUAGCUUCAACCUACUGAGCUCACUGGAGGGACUGGAAGCAUUCAGCUGCCUGGAAGAGCUGAUUGUGGACAACAAUCUCCUUGGAAAUGAUCUCGUGUUACCCAGGUUACCACACCUCCAUACCCUAACGCUCAAUAAGAACCAGAUAACAGAUAUAGAAAGCCUGCUGGACCAUGUGGCUGAAGUGGCACCUUCCCUGGAGUACCUCAGCCUACUGGGUAAUGAAGCCUGCCCCAAUGAACUUGUCAGUCUGGAUAAGGAUGAGGAUGACUACCAAAGAUACAGGUAUUUUGUGCUCUACAAGCUGACCAACCUGAAAUUCCUGGAUGCUCGGAAGGUGAGCAAAAGAGAGCAUGAAGAAGCUAAUGCCAGGGGUGCCUUUAUGAAAGUGGUGAAACCAAAGACUGAUACGGAGUCCAGGGAUCUCAGGUCUGUCUCUCCAGGGAUGUCUUACACUCCUUUGCCUAGUGGGUCCAGGGAUUCAAAAAGUCAUAAAGGUGUAUUUGCCAAAUGUCAGUAUGUCUACUACGGAAAGCAUUCAGAAGGCAACCGAUUCAUUCGCGAUGAGCAGCUCUGAUCGCCAACUGCCCAUUUUUGCUUCAAUUGUGAAAAAAAGAUAAAGCACAUAUCACCUCUACAUUUUAAACAACCAAAUACAGCCCUCUAGUGCCUUCUGCUGACUUUGCUAGUUGUGUCAAGACCAUCCUUCUCUCUUGGUCUGAGCAAUCACAUCGAGAUUGACAUGAUUGCCUUUAAGCAGGCCCCUUCCACCAGAGUGACAGACAGCUGCAGCCAAGUGCCUGGCCUGACAGGAUGAGCUCCAUGAUGGAUUGCCUGGCUCAACCUGCUGCUCAUGGAAGGGCAAAGGUCACACCUGAGGCUGCACUGAGCAUGCACAAACAACACUGAUGAUGAGCUUCUUGAAAGUCAAAGUCAAAGUUUAUUACACUGGAAGCUUAUUGUGAAAUGAAAAUAUCUUGGCAAAAAAAAACAACAACACUGCAAUAUAAAUACAUCUGCAAUAUUUAAAUAUUAAUUAAUCACAAUGUUGU